CGCGUUUUGCGCGGUUAAAAAUUAAUCGCGCGCGAUUCGUUUAUCUGUGACAGACGUAGAGGUUAAGGGUGCCCAGGGAUCCGGUUGAGACGAGAAGAAUGAAAACUGAACCGGGUGGAGUUCGCGAGCGAGCAGGCGGAGAGAGGGAGACGCGCGCCAACCGGCGGAACAGAGACGCGAAGGGAAGCAGAGGAACGAGGCUGCGGGAGCGAGAGGGCGAAGCGGGAUAGAGGGAACGGAGAUAGAGACGGGCCAGUUAGAAAUGCCGAGAGAGAGAAGAGAAAGAGGCGUACCAAGUUCGUCGAGGAAUGGAAACGUGACGCGACUCGCGCAAUCGAGAAGCGAACGCCGGAGGACCGAGCAACCGAGGGACCGACGGGGCAGAGAGAGAAAAAGUAAACAAGGCGCGAGCGAGAACCGAUUAAUGGAACGAGGAGAACGAGCGUGCCUGCCGCGGAAGGGGCGAGCGAGCUCGCCGACGAGAAAGGGAGACGGAGAAAGGUUGCAGAGCAGCGGACUCCGAGACGCAGACGCUAAGAUGAGAUUAGAAGAAGAUCUCGUGAUACGCAGGAGCCGACCCACGAUGAUUUCCGCAAAGUAUCGCGCGAGAGAGGAACGUCGACGUCUGCUGAAGAUUUCCGCCGGUAAGCUGAGGAGGAUCGAGGAUCCGGAGGCGAGCCUCUGCAGAUCGGUUCUCAUCAACAACGCCGUCAGGCGACUGCAACGCGAGAACAGGGACGAGAAGACGAGGAAUUACGGACUUCCGGUGGUCACGUAUCUCAACGACUCCACCAAAGAGAACAACGUUUCUAGCAACCUUAUCGUCGGCCUGACGGAUGACGAGACCUCCUCCAGGAAAAGAUUGAGCGACGACACGAGGAACGACGGACUCGGCUCUAAGCGUCAGAGGCACGACGACCUCGACCUCCAGGACGACGUGUUCAGCGAUUUCUACAUCCUGCCGCCGACACCGCGGUUGCUUUCUCACAUCGACGAGGUCCAAGAGUCGGAAUCGGCGCAUCGCCAUCACCUGGUCUGCCCGGAGAAUCGUCUGGGCACGGUGGACGUCCGAUCGUCGACAACGAUGAUCACGACCAGCACCGCGAACACGACCACCGGUAACAAUAGCAGCAGCAACACCAGCACCGGCACCACCGGCACCACCGGCACCACCGGCAGCGGCAGCAGCGCCGUCGGCGGCAGCAGUAGCAACGCGAGCAACGACAGCACCAGUAGCACCACCGGCGCGAGCAAUUGCUGUAGCUCCGUCAUGUUCCCCGGCGAGCUGGACGAUUCCGGCGCGCAGCUGAACAACGUCGUCGCGAGAUCCGGCGACGUCGGAAUGAUGGAGGCCUCGGACGUCGUCGACCCGGACCGGAUCUGCGACUUCGCCAGGUUCGCGGACUCGGCCAAGAGCCUCGAGGAGCGUCUGGUCGAGCUACAGUCGCUGGACGAGCACUUCGACCUAGCCAAAUUCGAGAGGAACAACAAUCAGAGCUGUGGCAGAGCGUUCCACGAUAUCCAGACGUUCCACAGUCUAGUGCCGGGCCUGGAGACUUAGAAGGCAGCCCCGUGCCUCGACCGCCACCCUCCUCCUGUCGUCGUGCCCGGCUCGAUGGAGAACCGCGGGACCGACCACGACGACCUGGGCAGACGGUUUCGCGGCACACACGAUCAUACACGGCGAGGAUGAACCUGGAUUUCGGGUGUGAACGGAGGAAAAGAGAGGACGAGCAACACCGACGACGGGCCGCCCCUUCCCCUCCUCGCGCUCCCGUUCUGUCGAGGAUGUGUUUGGUACCGAGGAUUCGGCAGAGAAGACUUUCCUUCGGUUGGCUGGCUGCUCGAUGACCCACCCUCUCGCGAGCGGACGCGGCCCGGCGAGGUCGGGUACCGUCUUGGGAACUCGACGCGAACGAGUAACGAUCUCCUCUGUCCCGUACGCGAGAACGGGGGUGGUCGUCUCGUCUACCGAGACUCGGCCUCGUCGUCGCCCGAUCGUACGAGCUUUCGGUAUAGAUAACAAGUUAGGAAAAAGGGGGUGUGGGGUACUCUCGUCGAAGUCGUCGCGACUUUGCUGGAGGUGGACGGGAGGCAGUGUCGCGAACCCGUCGAGUAACGCGCGAUCGGGGAACGCUAUAGGAUGCUUUUCGCGUAACCUCGACGAAGGGGCCGCUUCUUCGUCGUUAGCCAGAUACGUUUUGGGCACCUUGUACGUUUCUUUAGGGUUGAACGCGGUACCUCGUGACGCGCAUACGCGCAUCGACGGGUACCGGACCGUGGGGGUGUACGUACGAACAUCGGUACCAAAAUAUCCUGAAUUACGCAUAGGUAUAUAUGUAGCGUAUACAUAUAUAAAUAGGCGUAAUUUGUAUAUAUUCGAGUAUGUUUGUAAGAAUACGUUAUCGGUAACAAUAUAGAUGAAUUUGUAGUGGAAUUUUCUCGACGGACAAGUUUACGCGACGAGCAACAGGCGAGAAAACGCUGAACGACAAGAUGGCGCUCGUGACUCUGUAAAAAAAGAAUGCCUUUAGAGAGUAGCGUUGCGAGAGUUAAAGAAAUUAAGAAACAAAAGAAAAAAAACGUGUGGUGGUGUGCGAUGAAAUCGAUACGGAUUCGCUGUACCCCGCGAUAAUGCCACGAUGGGCCUUAAUUGUUGCGCUGCGUUGUUCGAUUAUGAAAUUAACGAUAGUUUUGUCUCGCGUGUCGUCCCUCUGUUCCACCGGUAACGAGGGCAAAUGCGUUCCCUCGUGCUUCGUCGUCGUCGUCGUCGUCGUCGUCGUCGGUCUCCUCGCGAUCCUUCGACCGCAUCGAUCGAACCGAUCCCGAUAGACUUUUUCAAUUGUACGUCGAAGAUCUCUUCCGUUGUAAUUCGAUUAAAUUCGGUUGGCCGUACGCGACGCUCGCGCAGCGUUCGCGGUGAAGCGGACGAAAACGAUACGGCGGGUCAGUGUCGAGAGCUGGAGUCAUAAAUAGUCGGCGGACGUUCACGCGACUCGGAGAUUCGUUCGAAAGCAACCUUAGGCGUUCUUGACGCGUAUCGCGAGCUAAAUCGGAGGUGUUCGUCUAACGGCCCCCAUUUUCGUUGAUUCGAUUUCGAACAGUGAAACCGAACUCUUAUUUACGAUUCAGCCCAACAGCGAGAACGAGCUUCGGCAGAGUUACACGCCUCGACCGAAUUGUAUUUAAUCGCGUCACGUCGAUCGCGAUGGAUCGUCCCGUGGAACGAUCGCGCGAGGAUCGACGAGAACGGUACAGCCGCGAGCGGUCGUUUUUCCGGUAGUUAUGAAUUUUUUGUUCGCUUUUCAAACGUGUACGUUCCGUUUCGAUACGUCGAACGACUUACGGUCUCGUGAAUUUUUCUUAACUCGUCCCUCCCUCAAGCUAAGAAUGUCGCAAUAAGUUUUAUAAAAUUUUGUUACGAUGAAAUAAUACACGCGACUGUGUAUAUCAAUUUGUACACAUUGUUCUUGUAUAUAGAAUGUAUUGUUCGAAAGAUACAUAUAUAUAUAUAUAGAGAUAAGCUCGAUCGAUAAAAAUGGUGUAUCCUAGCGUGGACUCGGCAGAGGACACUGUACGGUGUGCAAUACUCUGUGCAUCCAGUUGCCCAACCGGGGAGAAUCCGCGAAUUAAUUCCAAAAGGAACAGAAAAAAAGAAGAAGAAGAAGAAGAAGAAGAAGAAAAAGAAAAGAGAGAAAAAAAUGAAUUCCAAAAGAUUCGAGAUACACGGUACAUUCUUUUGGAGCGAUUAUACGCGUCGGUACGUUGGAGUGAUUUUUCGAAAAGCGGCCGUGAUUCGCGCCUGAACGUUUCAACGGUGAGAAUCCGUUUAUUCGAAGGAACGUCUGGUAUUAAUUCGUGGAUCGGGUCGGUCACACGAUUCGCGUUGAUCUAUUCGUAAGAGUGGUCCUAGCACGAGUAAGCCGAAGGACGGAUGUAACAUUGGUAUGGAAGUUUGUGUCACGUGUUCAGAGGCAACGGUUCGGUGGAAGAGAUACACGCGUUUACGAGCCAACUUUGAUCAUCGAGCCUGUAACACUUGUGUUUGCGGCGUUGACGACACGACACGCUGCUGAUUAUUUUUAUUUCUGUACGUUGACACGACAUUCAACGUUGUUGUACAAUUUCAAGUAACUCGUAAUCUUACCGAUCGUCUCGCUCCGAGUCCAAUUACCGCCGAGAGUAUUGUAAUUUCCUUUCGCACCGAUAACAAUGCAAACAAGUUCGCGGAACCCCAUGUCACGUGACACAAAAAUACAUAUCCGAUGUUGAAUCUAUAUUUAGCUUUACCCGUGCUCUUCCCCUCUCCCGACUUUCCAUUUCCUCCAACCCCCAUUCACAAAAGUGCUAAGAAGGAAUUGGAUGUUGGACGACGCGUUGUUUCUCAUCGGCUUUCCCAUUACAUCUCGCUCGAAAGAAAUCUUUUCUACGGUUUAAUUACUCCGGUGCUGAGAAACGAAUCACCGCGCGACGGAACUUUUCUAUGUUUUCUACGCGGAGCAUUUCGAACCCGUGGCCUCCAACCUGGCAGAUUUCCCCGUAGAGACAGACGCCGCCCCUUCGCCGAUCCGUUUCUACCUUGUCGAACGACCCUGUCGUUCUCGAUUCGAAGUUGCAUGUACCGCACAACCGAAUGUUGACGAUGCCCUCUAUGUUUUUGUCGUGCAACUAGCAUCCAAAGCGAAAUCGAUUCGUCGUCGACGCUCGCGAGAGACUUGCGAGUCGAACGAGACACGACACAGUAACGGAGAAGACGAUACCGUGGUAUAGACUGCGAAUGUUUAUGCGAGUUUCGACAUUUCUACGAAUUCAUUGAAAACAACUGUACAGUGCUCGAGAAUGACCCUCCUGGUUCCGUUCAAUCUCGUCCACGCUACCAAGGUGCAUAUCCCGGAGAGGAAACGAGUUCUCGGUAUAACCUUAUCGUCGUUCGACUCCGCCGUUUUCCGAGCAUCCCUCGCUUUCGACCAAUCUCCGUUCGACGGCAUGCACCGCGGUUGAUACAACAGCGAGUUACCGCUAAUGGCACGACGCGUUACACGCGUGCCGCCCUAUCAGCCACGAUCCGGGCUAGAGAACUUGCUCGCCGCUGCGGAACAUCAUCAAAGUCUCCUCGUAUAUCAGUUUUCAUCGGAAGACAUUGACAGUCCCGGUCUGCUUCUAAUUUCCACCGCACGUUUCUCGGUAGAGCACUUGGCAGUGCGAGCAGAAUACCACUAAAAUACCUGGUUGCCAGCCAAAGUCUGAAACACCAUCGGGUUAACGUACAGAGACGCGACGUCAUCGUUAACUCUCUCUACGGGACUCCGCUGGAUCCGCCCCCCCCUGUAACGUCGUUGGAAACGAUCGACUACCACCGCACAGUUAGACGUUUCGUCUCUUUCGUUUUCAUUCGAUCGUUUGCAUUUUCGUAAAAUCCCGUGCAAGGUUCGAGAGCGCAUAAAGAUCCGCAGUCUAGCGAAUACACGAAUCUAUUCGAAGUCGAAACGAGGGAAUAAUGCGAAGAGAUUGAAUCGAAUUGUUUUCGAACGUUCGAAUCACGAAUCACGGUUCGAGGAGAUGUGUUGUCCGUGACUCGGGCCGACGCGACGCGUCGCACUGUAAAUAGCUGCCUUAGCCACCCGUGUAUAAGUAAUCAACUAUGUAUAAAGUUUCAUACAUUGUUUAGGUUUUUAGUACUAGUUAUCCGAAAUCAGUUACCAAUUAUACGAACAAAUUGCGAAUAAACUGCAAAAACAUAAGAUCGUACUGCGUCGGUUCUUUCCCGCCUUCAUUUCACGUCGUUCUAACCUGACUCUUCCGAACAGGUACGCUGCGAAGGACACGCACCACGUAUCCACCUACUCGGUUGAAACGUUGAGAACAAACGGCAAACGUGUGUAUAAUAUUUUUCGAAUAUUUUUUUAUUGAGUGUUGCGAAUAUAUAUACAAAGGAUGGCGAACUAAUAACUAUUACAUUAGAACCAAAUAAACAAAGGUUACGAUAAUAGUAUUAACUCGUGUUAAUAAUAUUUAUUUAAAUAACGUAAUCAUAACGAUGUGUGUUGAAUUUUUUAAAAAGGACAUAUUUUCA